AUGUUUAAAAAUAGUUUGUUUAGUUCGUUUAAGAGUGGUGGUGAAAAUUCGAAUAGUUCGUCUAAUGUGCAAAAAGACGCUAUUCUCGAGCAGUUGGUCGCUUUAUUUCCCAAUGCAGAUCAAGAAUAUUUAAAAUACUGUAUUGGGUGUUAUCAAGAUAAUCAUGUGGAAAGAAUUAGUGAAAAAAUAUUUAAUCAAAAUAAGGGACAUUAUCCAAAGAUACCUGACGGUUGUAAGGCUGCAAAUUGCACAAAAGCGAAAAACGCCUUUUUAUUACAAAUUAAUGAAUUGUUCCCAGAGUGCGAUGUGGGAUUUUUAAGAGACAAACUAUGUAAUGUAAAUCAUAGCCAUUUGCAACAAAUUAUCGAACAAUUAUUAAAUAUGGAGAAAACAGCUGAUAAAGGUGGAUAUCCUCGUAGAAUGAAUCCAUUUACUAUUGAACCUUGGGAGUUAAUAAGAUCACCAAGUUAUAGGAAGGCUGUUAGAUACAAAUUAUAUAAUGAUUUUCCUGAUACUUGGCGCUCCACUAUAAAAGCUGUAUUGGCGGAAAAUAAUUUUGAUUAUAAAAAAAGUUUAGAAAAGUUAAAAGAGUUAGCAACAAAUAAUUGGUGGAAUUCAUUAUUUAGUGUAUUCCGUAGAAAAUUAUACAAAGAAGUUGAAAAUAUUGAAUUAAUGGAAGAAAUACAAAAAUAG